AUGUGCAGAGCAACUUUUCCUUGUUACAUCCAAUUUCCUUUUGUGAGGCAGCUUCAGUCUUCACACUGGAGAGACACGCUGCACGUCUCCCUGGUGUUCGCUCCGGAGCGCGGCCUGCUGGCGUUCGUCUGCCGCUCGCUCGGCGUGGAGGAGUUUCGAGAAUGCAGAGAAGAAGCGUUGAAGUUUCUCUGCGUCUUUUUGGAAAAGAUUGGAGAGAGAGUUCAUCCUUACGCCUGCAGCCUUAAGCAAACUUGCAUUAGUGUUUAUACAAAAGAGAGGGCAGCAAAAUGUAAAAUUCCAGCUCUGGAACUUCUGAUUAAGUUGCUCCAAAGCUUACGACGUUCCUGUCUGAUGGAAGAGAUGAAAGUUGGGGAAAUCUUUAAUAAAUUCUAUGGGGAGCUUGCUGUAAGAAGUAGAGUUUCUGAUACAGUACUGGAGAAGAUCUAUGAGCUUUUGGGAGUUUUGGGAGAAGUCCAUCCUACUGACAUGAUUAACAACUCUGAAAAACUAUUCCGAGCGUAUUUGGGAGAGCUUAAAACACAGAUGACAUCAGCUACGAGGGUCCCCAAGCUACCUGUUGUAGCAGGAUGCCUGAGGGGACUGACUGCACUCAUGUACAACUUUACCAAGUCUAUGGAUGAAGAUGCUCAAACUUCAAAGGAGAUUUUUGAUUUUGCAGUGAAAGCUAUCAGGCCACAGGUUGAUCAGAAGCGAUAUGCAGUACAUCUAGCUGGUUUACAAUUGUUCAGCUGGCAUGCUGCUCAGUUUGGUACCCUGCUCUUGGACAGCUAUGUCAUGCUCUUUGAAACAAUGUGUAGAUGGUGUGGCCACACAAAUCAAGAGCUGAAAAAAGCUGGUCAUAAUGCACUAGAUUCAUUCCUCAAACAGAUGUCUCUAAUGGUGGCAAAGGAUGCAGAGCUACACAGGAGCAAAUUGAAGUUCUUCAUGGAGCAGUUCUAUGGGAUCAUCAGAAGAAUGGAUUCGAGCAACAAGGAGCUGUCCAUAGCUAUUCGUGGAUAUGGGCUAUUUGCAGCGCCUUGCAAAGCUAUACAUCCUGCAGAUGUUGAUGCCAUGUACGUUGAGCUCCUUCAGCGCUGUAAGCAAAUGUACCUCACAGAGGCAGAGACAAUGGAUGACCAUCUGUAUCAGCUUCCAAGUUUCCUUCAGUCCAUUGCAAGCGUGAUAUUCCAUUUAGACGCGAUUCCAGAAGUAUACACUCCGGUUCUUGAGCAUCUAGUUGUGCUACAAAUCAAUAGCUUUCCACAAUACAGUGAAAAAAUGCAGUUAGUCUGUUGCAGAUCAAUAAUAAAGGUGUUUCUAGCCCUCUCAAUAAAAGGUCCUGUUCUCUGGAGUUUUAUUGGCACUGUUGUGCAUCAGGGAUUAAUCAGAGUAUUCUCCAAGCCAAUGACGUUUUCAAAGGAUGUUUUCAGAAAAGAAACUUCUGGAUCAGAAGACUUCCCAGAAGCUGGAGAGGUUGAGACAGCAAAAUGGAAAGUACCAACCUAUAAGGACUAUCUGUAUCUUUUCAGAAGCUUACUGAGUUGUGACACGAUGAAGGAAUCCAUUUUUGAAGAAGAAAACUUUCUUACUGGAAAUUCACCACUGCAGUCUCUGAAUCGGUUGCUAUAUGAUGAACUCAUAAAAUCUAUUUUGAAGAUUAUUGAGAAGUUGGAUCUGACUGUUCAGAAACUGAAUGUCCACGAGCAGGAUGAAAGUGAAACCGACAAUGCUUUUAUUGGGCCUACUUCUGACCCUGCUUCAAACCUUCAGCCAAAGAAACCCACAGACUUUAUUGCCUUUAUAAACUUGGUAGAAUUCUGCAGAGACAUACUUCCAGAUAAACAUGUUGAAUACUUUCAGCCUUGGGUGUAUUCCUUCGGUUACGAGCUUAUUGUACAUUCAACGAGACUACCUGUUAUCAGUGGAUUCUACAAUCUGCUUUCUGUUACAAUGAAGAUUGCCAAGAAAAUAAAAUACUUUGAGGGUGUCAGUCCAAGGAGUCUCAGAAAAGCUACUGAAGACCCUGAAAAGAAUUCUUGCUUUGCCCUGUUUGCGAAGUUUGGAAAAGAGGUUACAGCAAAAAUGAAACAGUAUAAAGAUGAGUUGUUGGCAUCCUGUCUAAAUUUUUUACUCUCUUUACCCCAUGACAUCAUCAUGCUUGAUAUCAAAGCAUAUAUUCCUGCACUGCAGAAUGCAUUUAAGCUGGGCCUUAGCUGUACACCAAUGGCUGAUCUGGGACUGGAUGCUUUGGAAGAUUGGUCAGCUCACAUCCCCAGGCAUAUCAUGCAACCUUAUUACAAGGAUGUGCUACCUCUUCUUGAUGGUUAUUUGAAAAACUCUGCAACUGCAGUUGAACCCCAAAAUAACUGGGAAGUAAGGAAGCUUUCCCGAGCAGCCCAGAAAGGAUUUAACAAAAUUGUGAUACAGCGUUUAAGAAAAGCAAAAACUUCUUCAUUGGAUGACAGUCCCUCCUUAGAAGGAGUAAGGACUAGAGUGGCUCGCCUUCUUGGGUCUUUAGGAGGGCAGAUCAACCACAACUUAAUUACAGCCACCUCUGCAGAAGAGAUGAUGAAGAAAUGUGUGUCCUGGGACACCGAGAACCACCUGAGCUUUGCUGUGCCAUUUGCAGACAUGAAGCCUGUCAUCUACUUGGAUGUGUUUCUGCCUCGUGUGACUGACCUGGCUCUUUCUGCAAGUGACAGGCAAACAAAGGUUGCAGCAUGUGAACUGCUACAUAGCAUUGUUGCAUAUAUGCUGGGGAAAGCAUCUCAGAUGCCAGAAAGACAACAGGGUUCACCACCCAUGUAUCAGUUAUACAAACGAAUAUUUCCAGUACUACUUCGUCUUGCCUGUGAUGUAGACCAGGUUACGAGACAGUUGUAUGAGCCUUUAGUCAUGCAGCUCAUUCACUGGUUUACAAACAACAAGAAAUUUGAGAGUCAAGAUACAGUGACGUUUCUGGAAGCCAUCUUGAGUGGCAUAGUGGAUCCAGUUGACAGCACUCUGAGAGAUUUCUGCGGUCAGUGUGUACGAGAAUUUUUGAAGUGGUCUAUUAAGCAGACAACACCGAGACAGCAGGAGAAAAGCCCAGCAAACACCAAGUCUCUUUUUAAAAGAUUAUAUAGUCUUGCUCUUCAUCCCAGUGCUUUCAAGAGACUAGGUGCAGCACUUGCUUUUAACAGCAUCUACAGAGAAUUUAGGGAAGAGAAUUCUCUGGUGGAACAGUUUGUAUUUGAAGCAUUGGUGGUAUUUCUGGAAAGUCUGGCUUUAACCCACACAGAUGAGAAAUCAUUAGGUACCACCCAACAAUGUUGUGAUGCUAUUAAUCACCUGAAGCGCAUAAUCAAGCAUAAAGCACCUGCUCUGAAUAAGGAAGGAAAACGGCGGGUACCACGGGGAUUUCCAGCUACUAAGUCAGUGUGCCUUCAGGAUGUUGUCAUGUGGCUCUUAGUACAGUGUGGACGACCUCAGACGGAGUGUCGACAUAAAGCCAUGGAGCUCUUUUAUGAAUUUGUUCCUUUAUUGCCAGGAAACAAUUCUCCAUCUUCUUGGCUGGCUGAUGUUUUAAAAAAGAAAGAUGUUUCCUUCCUUAUUAACAAAUUUGAAGGAGGUGGCAGUGAUGCCGAAAGCCCAUCUGGGAUUCUUUCUCAGCCAACUCUCCGUAAUAUGCAGGAGCCCUUUAGUUUACCGACUGUCAUGCGGUGGAUGGACAUGUUCUUAGCAGCACUGGACUGCUACAAUACUUUCUUUGAGCUGCGAAUGAUCAAGCCUCAUGAAAUACUGGGUGUAAAUGACAGGUCCUCAUUCUUGGAAGCAGUGGAUUUCUUCCUUGAAACUAUUGCCUUGCAUGAUAUUCAUGCAGUGGAGCGGUGCUUUGAUUGCAGAUUGAGAGGCAACAUAUUCAGUCCUCAAGAGAGAGAAAUGUAUAAUUACAGUAAGUGUACAAUUAUCGUGCGAAUCAUGGAGUUUGUCACCAUGAUCCUGGAAACAUGCCAGCAGGAUUUCUGGAAGCUACUUGAGAAGGAAUUGCUUAAUGCAAACUUUGUAGAGCUUCUGGUGAUGACAGUGUGUGAUCCAUCACAUAUAGGAUUUAAUACAGCUGAUGUACAAGUCAUGAAAAAUCUCCCAGAUAUCUCAGUGAGACUCUUGAAAGCUUUGAUGAAAUCUCCCUGUAAAGAAUAUUUGCAAUUAUGUUUAAGAAAAAGAAUCACACCGCAGAGCUUUGAGGACCUUUUUUCUGUUGAUCUGUUCAAUUCAGAUGAGCGUUUCGAUCAAGUUAGGUUUAGUGCUGUUCUUUCUGCCUGCAAGCAACUCCAGAAAUCUGGUCUACUUCAUUCUGUUCUUCACAAUCAGGGUGAAAGGCCUCAUCCCUCAAUUGGCUCUAAGCUUCUUUCGGUUGUUUAUAAAGGCAUUGCACCUGGGAGUGAAAGGAGCUCUCUUCCAGCAGUAGACAUCAGCAGUAAGCGAUUAGCUGAUAGACUCCUGCAGCUUGCCUUUGCCAUUGAUGACCAGUGUGAGGAGCUAGUAAGUCUGCUGUUGAACACGGUGGUGUUAUCUGUGCCAUUAUCCGAAGCCUCAGAGAGAAACUUUGUUAAUUUUUCUCAUGGACAGUAUUUCUACAGCCUGUUCUCAGACACCAUUAAUCAGCAGCUGCUAAAAAAUCUGGAUGUGAUAGUAAUCCAGCUUAUGGAAUCAUCUGUCAGCAAUCCCCAGAUGGUUGGAAGCAUUUUGAAUGGCAUGUUAGAUCAGAGUUUUAGGGAGCGUACCAUACGCAAGCAGCAAGGAGUGAAACUGGUCACAGCAGUACUGAGAAACUGGAAGAGGCUUGACAGUUGGUGGGCCAAAGGUUCAUCUCCUGAGAGCAAAAUGGCAGUCUUGACUCUGCUGGCAAAAGUUCUCCAGAUAGACUCUUCAGUUUCUUUCAAUACCAGUCAUGAAGCAUUUACAGCUGUUUUUGAUACCUAUACCAGUCUACUUACUGAUCAGAAUUUAGGCUUAAAUCUGAAAGGCCAGGCAGUGAUAAUUCUUCCAUUCUUCACUAAUUUGACUGGAGAAAAACUUAAUGAACUUAAGAAUGCUCUUGAUCAACUUGUAGCUUUCAAUUUUCCUAUGAGUUCAGAUGAGUUUCCCAGAGGAACCUUGAAGCACAAUAACUAUGUGGACUGCACUAAGAAGUUUUUAGAUGCUUUAGAGUUGUCUCAGAGUCCAAUGUUGUUGCAGUUGAUGACAGAAAUCCUCUGUAGGGACCAUAGACAUUCUAUGGAGGACUUAUUUCAAGCCAGCUUCAAAAGAAUUUCCAGAAGGAGCAGCACUGACAAACAAGUGGUACUGCUGGACACUGUUCACAAGAUGUUCCAGAAUGAAGACCUUCUUUCAAAUACUGUCCGUCAAGCUUUUGUGGAUCGCUCUCUCCUCACUCUCAUGUCACACUGCAGCUUGGAUGCUUUGAGAGAGUUUUUUGAGAUUAUAGUGCAGGCUAUGGAUACACUUAAUUCCAGGUUUACAAAGUCCAAUGAAUGUGUUUUUGAUACACAAAUCACCAAGAAAAUGGGUUAUUACAAGCUGCUGGAAGUGAUGUAUAUACGUCUUUCAAAAGAGGAUGUUCACUCCAAGGACUCUAAAAUUAACCAAGCUUACCGUGGCUCUGUAAGUGUAGAAGGAAAUGAACUUACCAAGGCACUAAUAAAGUUGUGCUAUGAUGCAUUUACAGAAAACAUGGCAGGGGAGAGUCAACUGCUGGAGAAGAGGAGACAGUAUCACUGUGCAGCAUAUAAUUGUGCUAUUGCUGUUAUUAGUUGUGUCUUCACUGAAAGUAAAUUUUAUCAAGGCUUUCUCUUUACAGAAAAAUCAGAAAAGAACUUGCUGAUUUUUGAAAACUUGAUAGACUUGAAGCGUCAGUACAUGUUUCCUGUAGAAAUUGAGGUUCCCCUGGAAAGGAAGAAAAGAUACAUUGCUAUUAGAAAAGAAGCCAGAGAGGCAUGGAAUGAUGGUCAGGAUGAACCCAAGUAUUUAGCUUCUGCAUCAUACAUGAUGGAUAGCAGUUUGAGUGAGGAAAUGAGUCAGUUUGAUUUUUCUACUGGAGUCCAAGGUUUUUCUUAUAGCUCCCAGGAUGUUACAGCUAGCAGUGCUCACUUCAGGAGAAAGGAGAUGUCAGAAUACAUGGUUUUAAAUGAUGAGUUGGAACUGGAGAUGGAUGAACUUAACCAACAUGAGUGUAUGGCACCAAUGACCACUCUGAUUAAGCAUAUGCAGAGGAACCAGAUCACACCCAAAGUGGAAGAGGGCGUGGUUCCUGUAGACCUCCCUCUUUGGAUGAAAUUUCUGCAUAGUAAGUUAGGAAAUCCGUCAGUGCCAUUAAAUAUUCGCCUCUUCAUAGCAAAACUUAUUGUUAAUACUGAGGAUGUUUUCCGACCCUAUGCAAAGCAGUGGCUUGGUCCGAUGCUGCAGCUUGUUGUUUCUGGCAAUAAUGGAGGUGAAGGGAUUCAUUUUAUGGUAGUGGAAAUAGCAGUUACCGUUCUUUCCUGGACGAGUGUAAAUACUCCCAAAGGAAAUAUUAAGGAUGAGAUUUUGGCUAACAGAUUGCUUGAAUUCUUAAUGAAGAAUGCCUUUCAUCAGAAACGAGCUGUGUUCAGACACAACCUGGAAAUCAUAAAGACAGUUAUAGAGUGUUGGAAGAACUGUCUCUCCAUACCUUACAGCUUAAUAUUUGAAAAGUUUUCUAGUGAAGAUCCUGAUACAAAGGACAACUCAGUGGGAAUUCAGCUGCUGGGAAUUGUUCUGGCUAACAAUUUACCUCCCUAUGACCUGAAGUGUGAAAUAGAUCGUGUCAGGUAUUUUCAGGCUCUGAUCAGUAACAUGGGUUUAUUAAGGUAUAAAGAAGUUUAUGCAGCUGCAGCAGAAGUGUUGGGACUUGCUCUUCAGUAUAUAGCUGAGAGACAAAAUAUACUUGAAGAUCCAGUUUAUGAUUGUGUCAUAAAACAAUUAAAACAUCAUCAGAACACUCAACAGGAUAAGUUUAUAAUAUGCUUGAAUAAAGUUGUUAAGAAUUUUCCUCCUCUUGCUGACAGGUUUAUGAAUGCAGUAUUCUUUUUAAUACCAAAACUUCACGGUGUGAUGAAAAACUACUGUCUGGAAGUAAUUAUGUACCGAGCAGAGGAAAUACCUGAUCUCUAUCUGCAGUUAAAGAGUAAAGACUUCAUCCAGAUCAUGAAACACAGGGAUGAUGAAAGGCAAAGGGUUUGUUUGGAUAUAAUAUACAAGAUGCUGUCUACACUGAAACCACCAGAACUUAAAGAACUUCUUCCUGGAGUGACAGGGUUCAUUUCUCACCCUUCUGUAAUAUGUCGACAGCGCAUGUAUGAUAUUCUGAUGUGGAUUUAUGAUAAUUACAGUGAUCCAGAAAGCCAAGCAGGUGAUGAUUCUCAGGAAGUGCAUGGACUGGCAAAAGAAACCCUGCUUCAGGGUCUGAUUGAUGAGAAUGCUGAACUGCAAUUAAUUGUUAGGAAUUUUUGGAGUGACGAGACAAGAUUACCUGCAAAUAUUCUUGAUCGUAUGCUGAAGUUGUUAAGUUCUUUAUAUUCUGCCAAGAUUGAAACACAGUACUUGAGUCUGAUCACAAAUUUUCUGCUUGAAAUGACCAGCAAAAGCCCAGAUUAUUCCAGGAAAAUAUUUGAGCACCCACUAUCUGAAUGCAAAUUUCAGGACUUUGUAAUUGAUUCCAGUUGGCGUUAUCGAAGUACCAUUCUCACACCUAUGUUUGUGGAGACUCAGGCUUCACAGAGUACUAACAGGAAUUCAUCACAAGAAAAAUCCCUUUCCAUUUCUGGGUCAGUAGGUGGUCGAGUGAGAGCUACCCAAAGGCAAUAUGAAUUUACACCUACGCAAAAUGUUGGUGGUAGAAGUUCUUUUAAUUGGCUAACUGGAAACAGCAUUGACACUUUGGCGGAGUAUACAGUUCCUUCUUCCUCUGAGUCUUUGUCUUCAUCCAUGCUGUUAGUUAACAAACGGAGUGAAAAAUUUAAACCUGUGGGGCCAGAUUUUGAAAAAAGGCUGAGUUUACCUGGAGAUAAAGUGAACAGCAAAACUAAAGGUAUAGAUGAACGAGCAGAAAUUUUAAGACUGCGGAGGCGUUUCUUGAAGGACCAAGAGAAAGUCAGUCUGAUUUAUGCUAGAAAAGGUGUGGCUGAACAGAAAAGAGAAAAGGAGAUGAAAUCUGAGCUGAAGAUGAAGUUUGAUGGCCAGGUUACUUUGUACAGAAAUUACCGUGUAGGAGACCUUCCUGACAUCCAGAUUGAACACUCCAGCCUCAUUGCCCCUCUACAGGCCCUUGCCCAGAAAGAUCCAACAUUUGCCAAGCAACUUUUCAGCAGUUUGUUUGCUGGAAUUUUUCAUGAGGUGAAAAAAUCUAAAACUCUUUCUGAGAAAAAAGUCAUCAUCCAGAAGCUGCUGAAGGACUUCAAUCAUUUCCUUAGUACAAGCCUUUCUUACUUCCCACCAUUCAUUGCGUGCAUCCAGGUAAAUCUUAGUCUGUGACAUGAAAGUAGCAGAAUAUAACGUCUCUGUCUCAGUGCGUGGUAAAACCAGUGGUACAUGUUACUGAAGUUUAGGGAAAGGUGGGUGGAGGACUCCAAAUAUGGCCUUAGAGUGGCAGAGUAGAAGGGGAGGAUCACCUCCCUUGACCUGCUGGCCACGCUCUUGUUAAUGCACCCCAGGAUCCCAUUGGCCUUCUUAACCACGAAGGCACAUGCUGCCUCAUGGCCAACCUGUCCUCCACUGGGACGCCCAGGUCCUUCUCAGAGUUCCUUUCCAGCAUGUUGUCCCCUAACCUGUACUGAUGCAUAAGGUUAUUUGUCCAUAGGUAGGUGCAAGACUCUAUGCUUGAUUUUGUUGAACCUCAUAAGUGAGGUUCCUCUCCACCCAUCUCUCCAACCUGUCCAGGUCUCACUGGAUGGCAGCACAACCUUUCUGAAUGGUGCCAACCAUUCUUCCCAGCUAUGCAUCAUCAGCAAACUUAAUGAGGGUGUACUUUUACCCCUUCAUCAGCUGUGAAAAAAAUUGACAAGACUAUGCAGAUGUUGUGGUGCUGAUAUUUCUGUUUCUGGGUAGCAGCUGUCAGAUGGAUUGUUGUUAGCAUCUCUUGCUUAUUUUUCAGCAGCCUUUUCAAUUAGGUCUUCUGAAGUAGUUGUCCAGCAGUUUUCACUAAUGAGGGAAAGGCUUGUUUCUGCCAGAGACUGAGUUGGUGCAUCACAGCUUCAUCAUUGAAAAGUAAUAUCAUGUCUCUCUGCUUUGUUUCUGUGUGCUUCUGUGCUUCUAAUGCUAUGAGAGUAUGCUGGCUUGGGAUAGUUUGUGAACUUCAUAUUCAACCCCAAGUUUUAGAAAUUAAAAAAGCUUGUCCAAGUGCUGUUACAUAACCACUGUUGCUGCAUUUAAUGUUUCAUAUCAUCUGUGUUGAUCUUAGUGCUGUAUCUAUCAAUUUAUUAUUAUUAUUAUUUUUUGAGUGACAGAUAGUAGUUUCCUCUUACAGAAAUCUAAAUACUCUGUUAGAUGUCUUUCAUAAUACAGGAGGAAUAUCUAGUUCAGACUAGCUUUUCAAAUAGUGACAAACUGCUUCUAAGUACUUGUAUUUACACAUCUGAGAAAAUGUAAUUUGUUGUUUACUUUCUUCUGUGCAGCUGCAUAAAAGGUCAAAUUCUGUGGGGAUAUUUCUGGGCUGUCUUCGUAUUUUUUGAGCCAGCAUCUCACAAUAGCUAUCUGUUAAUAUUCCCUUUUGCUAUAUUUCCUCAUUUCCAUUAUUUGUGUUGAACUAUGCUCCUUAUUACACUCUAUUAAAAAAUGCUUUUGUGUGGGGCUACGUUUUUACCUGAAUAGAUGGAAAAUCAAAAUUCAAAAAAUAGGUAAGUUAUCAGACAAAAAUGUGGACUUCAUAACAGUGCCAGGGGCAUCUCAUUGUCAUCCCUGCUGAAUAAAAAAAAAAAAACAGCAGCUCAAAGGCAAGGCUCAGCUUGUGUAUUUGAGCAUCCUGCAUUACUGUGAGAGGAAGCCUUUUUCCCAACAUGGAACAAAGUUUAUAUUGUUGAGGAGAGAGAGCUGGGAGAGGAAAAAGGAGUGAGCACGUGGUGUGGAGGUUGCCACUUUUGUUGGCUUGGCCAGUUGGAAGCAAAGUUCCUGCUUCCUGUGUACCAACAGCUUAAUAAAUAUUGCCUUGUGUCAGAAAGACUGCCUGCCUCACUGCGCCUUCCUUGUGGUUGUUUCACUUUUGGUCUUCUACAGGUUAAAUUCCCAUCACAAGAGUAACUUGAUGACAAAAGGAGCUCUUUCCAUCUUCGGGGAUAAUCCCAAAGUUGUCUGUGAGGCUCUGGGGUCAGCCUUCAGGACAGAUUAAAAAGCAGCUGAAAUGCUGAGAAAGAACCUAAAUCUGUUCCAUAAUUUUAUACAGACUGUGUAGAAAUACCUAGCCUCUGAAGGACAUGUACUUCAGCUAUUAGGCUGACUUGAACGUCAUUCUUCCUUAUCUUGAACAUAUGGUGCCGAGACAGAAAACACUGUGUGAAGCAGAGAACAUUCUCUCUGCUUUUAAAAGAUAAGCAAUGGUACAGUCACCACCUUUGAGGUGGGAUGAUGUCUGUAAAUUGUGAGAGUAUUCUCCAGAUACACUGUUACAUUUGCACAGUUCUUGCACUUCUCAUAUGCAUACUUGGUAAAGGGCUUUCAGUCUUACCUUAACACAGCUAUUCUUAAUUUUUUAGAUUGUGCAGUGCCAUUGCAUCCCUGAUAUAACCCCUAAGAGCUGGUAGAGGACGGAUAUAUGUGUAUAUAUAUGUCUUAUGUCUGAGACGUAUAGUUGAAAUUGCCUGAAUAGCAUUUGAAGCAUAUGCAGGCCCCUCAUUGGGAUCCACAUGGUCUGUAACACAGGAAGCUACAAGGAGCUGUUUUUUCUCUCUUGUAUUGAGCACAGAUAGAAUUGGCAGGAGUCUUAGCAGUGCAAAAUGUGUAAUGGAUUUGCUUAAGCUAGAUUCGUAUUCUGGCGUUUUUGUGGCAGUCACCAUUAUGAAAGCAGUGUAGCUGAGCUGUUCUCACAGUCCCAUGCUACAGUUUCUAUGUAGUGAUUUUUCAUUCUGUUUUCUCACAUAUACCAUCUUGCAAGAAUCAAGCAUUUAUUUUUCUCUUACAAUUCUGUGAUGAAAAGUGUAAAGAUGAAAGUUUUAAUACCUAUUCUUCCUGGUUGUAGAUUUUUUUCUUUUCAUUUGGUUUAAGGUAUUAUUGCAACUUUUUUUUAGGUUUAUAGGAGGAAAAAAAAAUGGGGCUCUAAUAAACUGAUCUGUUACUUUAUUGAUAUAUUUGUCUGUAUUGGCAGUAAUGAUUUAAGUAUUAAAAGAAACUUUGGGUAGCCAGAAAAGUUUAUCCUUAUAAAAGGGAUAUUCUGUAGUUGAACUGAUCUUCAAAAGGGUAAAGAUCUCAGAAAUCCUAUCUUUAAAUCAGGCAGGACUAGAUGAGCACCAAUAAAUGAGCCUAAUGAGAAUCUUCAGGAUGCUAAAACAGGGUAAGUGUGUGGUUAGGAAGCAUUCAUCUUGGUUAAUUAGACAUUGGUGGGUAGCAAGAAUACGCUGUGCACUAUGUUAAGGAAGGAUAGCAGCUGUGUAGCAGGCAUUGCACUAUCAGCAAAAAGAGGGAAAGAUUCAGACCUUGAAUGCAUUCAUUUCUCUCCUC